GCGCCCUGCUCUGACAGCUGCGGGGCGACACCUGGGCUGUCCCGCGAGCGAGCCGGGCAGAGCCGUCAGCGCCCCGCCGGGGGAGAGGAGGCUCGCGGCGCCCGGUCCCGAGGGAGGUAACGCGCCGCGCCCGGAGUUGCGAGGUAGGUGAUUCCCAGAUGCUGCUGACACUCAUCGCGUUGAUGACGAGGGCGGAAGGAGAAUAAACUGUGUCUAAGGCUGGUCCAGAGAGGGAGCGUGAGUGGAAAUGCCGCUGUAGAAGCGACCUGUCUGGCAAGGAAUGCAGCUUCCUUCUGAGAGCCUCUUCUUGCUGACGUCCCACAGACCACUACUGUCUCACCAGAAAGGACGCUUAGGAUUUUGCAAGUGGCCCCCUUCUACCGAGCCAAAACUUCUAGAGAGCCAAAACAAGACGUUUGCUGCAGAACUGAACAAGAUAUUAUUUCAUUUUGUUUUCACAUCUUUUUCACCAGCCCGGCGACCGUCAGAGUUGUUCAGGUUUCCGAAUUUUCAGUCAGAUUUGUUACUGUGAUUUUUGCGUACGCCUUUCAAAAUGCUUGACUUAAGUUUCCUGACGGAGGAGGAGCAAGAGGCCAUCAUGACGGUUCUGCAGCGGGAUGCUGCCCUGAAGAGAGUUGAAGAAGAGAGAGUCAGACAUUUGCCUGAAAAAAUAAAGGAUGACCAGCAGCUGAAGAAUAUGAGUGGCCAGUGGUUUUAUGAAGCCAAAGCAAAAAGGCACAGAGACAAAAUCCACGGCACAGAUAUCAUCAGAGCAUCCAUGAGAAAGAAGAGGCUCCAGGUAGCAGCUGAACAGAGUAAGGACAGAGAAAGCGGGGCAAAGGAAAGCUGGGUGAAUAAUGUCAACAGAGAUGCUUUCCUUCCCCCAGAGCUCACCGGUGUUGUAGAAGAGCCAGAAGAAGAUGUAGCACCAGCAAGCCCAAGUUCCAGUGUGGUAAAUUCAGCUUCCUCCGUGAUUGGUAUGUCCCAGGAAAACUCAAGAAAGUCAUCUGUGUCGCCAGCUAAGCAAAGGAAGAAUCCAUUUAAUAUUUCCAAGUUGCCAGAAGAUCACUUAUCUCAACAAACCAAAAAUGAGCAGUCAAAAAAUGGAAGAGCUGGUUUUUUUCAGACUUCAAAAGAGGGUGAAUUGUCAGAGUCAAAAGAAAAGUCAUCUAUCCUGGAUAUUUCAAGCCAAAAGUUAGAGAAACCAAAGCAGACUUUUCCAGACCCUGGGAGUGAAUCCCAAAUCAAAGCACCAAUCCCCAAAGCCAGGACAAUGAUCUACAAAUCACGUGACUUAAAGCAAGAAGAUAACCAGUCUUUUCCUAGACAAAGGACAGACUCCCUGAAUGCGAGAGCGGCUCCGAGAGGGAUCCUUAAGCGCAACUCCAGCUCCAGCAGCACAGACUCAGAAACUGUCCGUUGGCAUCAGAACUUUGAACCCAAAAGCAAAAUUGUGUCACCUGGCCUAACAAUCCAUGAGAGAAUUUCGGAGAAGGAGCAUUCUUUAGAAGACGACUCCUCCUCAAACUCACCAGAGCCAUUAAAGCAUGUGAGAUUCUCUGCAGUGAAGGAUGAACUCCCGCUGAGUCCCAGGCUAAUCCAUGGCCGGGAAGUGGGAGAAUUCGGUGUUUUAGAAUCUGACAGGUUGAAGGACGGAACACAAGAUGUAGGGGACAUGGAUGAGUUUGGGAAGGAACCUAAGCCUUCCCAGUACAGAAAGUCUUUGCCUUUACGUCAGUCAGCCUCAGGCCCAAGUGCAACAAAAAAUGGGACGCAUCAGCCAACGACUUCCGAUUCUUUUCCGAUUAAUGGGCACCCUUCUCCGUCAGAAGUUUUACCUGCAAGACCACAGUCCAUUGAGAAUUCACCCACUGUCAGUGAACACAAAGCUAAAUCAUCAGAAUUAUCAAGGCUUGAAUCAGAAUUGUCCAAAAGCCCUGCUGAUGAACUGUCUCGUGUUGAACCUGAGCCAUCUCAGGUGCCAGAUUGCAGUUCUAGAGACCAUCAGCAAGGUAAGCCUCCUCUUCUCAAGGCCCUAAAAGCUAAGACAUCCUCACGCUCUGGUCCAUAUGCCACUGAGAUAAGGAAGACAACUGAUGAUUCCAUAUCUAAAGUCCUAGACUGGUUUAACCGAAGUUCUCAUUCAGAUGACAAUAAGUCCUCUCUCCAACAUCCCCGAAGAAUAGAGCCCAAAGAAAAAACAGACUCAAAAUCACAGAUCGCUACUGCCUUGGUGACAGAUGACACCAAUCUAAAUGAAAAUGGCUCAAAAGCUCUAUUAUCCACCAAAGUUGAAUUAACACCUAUGGGAUCUGAUUCGACGUUCCAGGUAGCGGGAAAUAUGCUGCCUUCUGGAAAUUGCCAAGAUAACGUGAAUAUCAAACCCAAAUCUAUUAAUUUGUCCCAACAAGGCAAGGAAGGUCCAGGCAUAUUGCAUCCAUUUGAAAUCUACAGUCCAAAUCAAGGGAGUAAAACUGUGGACUAUAGCCAAACUUCGAAAAACAUAGAAGGAAAUGGGGUACCUCCCCCAACCAGUAACUAUUCCUACGGUGCCCUCGAAGGAUCUGAUGCAGCAGACCAAGUUUUUUGCAACAGUAAGGAUGCUGGCAGCUUAGGUGAAGAAGAGCCCAAAGUUCAUGUUUAUGAAAAAAAUAAUGGAAACUCAGAGGUGAAUUUUGACUCUUCAAAAAUUGUCAAAGAAUUAGGUUUGAAAGACAACUUGAGGACAGAGAGAGAGAGCAAAGGAGGAGCUACUUUCAUCGAGAAAGCUUCUUCAGAGCCAGAGAAUAUUGAGUUGCUCCCUGGGGCUGCCAACAACAAAUCUGCUUGGAAGAAGCCUGAGGACCAACUACAAGAAAAAGCUAGUGAGAUUCCCAAGAACCAAGUGCAAAGAGAGAAAUACAAAAGAGUAAGUGACAGAAUAUCAUUUUGGGAAGGUGAGAAAGCUGCAGCUAAGUUAAUUCAUAAAGAACCCACAUCUUCACACAGUCAGGGACAACCUUCUGCUAAAGCAUAUCAGCCUGUGAAGUCCAUGGACAGUUUAUCUACAGACCAGAAUGAGUAUAAUCAAGUCACUGCCAAACAAGUGGUCCUAGAUGAGGAUGGCCAAGUAGCCCAUCUCUCCAGUUGUCAUUCCUCAAAUAAACCUGAAGAGACCAGGGCCCAAAUAUCAGGUCCAUUCAAAAAUUAUCCUUUAUCUGACCAAUCAGGUAAAGUGUCUCCGUUUCAGAAUAAGAUAAAUGAGCCUGUAAAGAGAUUGCCAGUGGCAGACAGUUUGCAUUCUGGAAGAGACAUCACUUUUCUGGCACUGCAACAUCCUUCAAAUGUUGGGAGUGAAAUACAUAGUUCUUUGGAGAAAGACAGAUCUCUAAUUGGUGAAUCAAAUCCGAACAACUUUAAAGUUGUGUCACUAAAAGAAAGAAUGAAUGAACCCAGCACCGAACAGGUCUAUAAUCACUCUCAAUUUGAGAAUCUGAGAAAGUUUUGGGACUUAGGAGCCAAGCCAAACGGUCAGGAUCAUGUUGAGAAGAAUACUAUCACAACAAGCCAAAAAAAUUCUGUGCCUUUUAGUAGCCAGAAACAUAAAGAAUUCCAUGAUAUUGAAUCAUCAGGGGAAAAUACCCAUGAAAUAGAGACACUUCUGAGCCAAAAAAAAGUUCCGGCAACAGAGGAAAUAGAGAAAUUAAAUUCAAAGUGCAUACUCCAGGUGUCACCAGAUGAAACCACAUUUCCAUUGAGACCACCCAGAAAGUCCACUCAUCAGUUGCCAGGAAAUGAGUCAUCAAAGGAAAAUGUGGAAAAGAAUACAGAAUGGUUUGGUACUCCAGUGUUCAAGGAAGAAAAGGAUUACUCAGACCAAGAGAUUCAAGAAUCCAUCGUGAAAACUAGGGUUUUGUCUAAAGACUACAAAGACAUUUUUAAUGACAGCUUACAGAAGCUGCUUUCAGAAGCUUCCUCACCAGUAAUCCAACCUUCUUCUGGUGGAAACGUUCAUGGAAAACAAGUGCUUGAACCAGGUGUUUCUGAAAAUAGGACAUGGCCUGAAAAGACAGAUUUUGCUGAUACUGAUGAAGAAGCCAAAAGACGUAAGGAGAUCAUUAAUGAGCGUGUAGACAAAAUAGAAGCUCCUCCAAAGGUCAAACUAAACACUUGGGCUGCGAGUCUAGACAAACUCCUGAGGGAAGGAACUGAAAGUUUACCCUCUCCCUCACAAAACAACUUGGAACCUGUUACCACUAGGAUCAGCUCUGAGCCUGAAGAGAGUGGAGUUUUUGAAAAAGGGACAGAACUGAGUUGCAAUUUGUCAGACUGUCAGAGAAGGAGAAUAGUUCCUUUUCCAGAGGGGGAAGAAACUUUGGGAAAAACGGAUCUCACCCAGAAAGCUGAAAGUAGUGAGUGCCAGCUGAACACAGAGAACUUGUUUCAGAUGGCUGCAGAAGGAUCUCACUCAUUGGAUCAAACUUCCCAUCUUCAUAGAAAGGGUUCUUUUGGGGAUGUGGCCAACUCUUCCCAAGAUACGCCUUCUUCCGGAGAUGGUCAUCUUGCUCCCCAGGAGAAGGCACUACCUUCUCAAAGGGAAAUUUCAGAGACUGUAGAAAAAAUCAUUCUUCCACCCAAACCUGUAUUGGAUGAUGUAAAUGUUGUGUUACAAAAGCUACUUAGAGAAGCUUGGUUGAGUUAUCCAGUUGAGAGGGAAGUAGUUCCUGGAGAAGUAAAAGCAGAAUUUCCUGAAGGAGUACAAGCGGCAGGUAGUCCCAAAACUUCUUCGGCCACAACGGACAUCAUAGUUUCAGACAGAAAGGACUUUUAUUCCUUCAACAUAGUUCCUGAUAAAACUCAUGAAGUUGGAUCUUAUUUAGCUGCCGAAAUAGCUCCGUCAGAACAAAAACGUAGGUCAGUUGGUUCCACGGUUGCUCAGUAUGGCAAAAAGUUACCUCAGGAAGUGGCGGAAAUUGUGAGGGAAACAAUUAUUCAACCUAAGUCAGAGCUACUUGAAUUCAGUGCAGGCUCAGAAAAACUACUGAAGGAAACAAUGGAAACUCCCUCCUCAAAAUAUGAAAGGGACACGGAGACUCUUUGUUCAUCAAAGUUAGUAGGUGGUACUCAGGUGCCAAGGCAACCUGCUUCUGAAUUCCAUGCUGAAGAAAUAAAAGAAACAGUAAAAAAGUCUGAGGCUCCAUCAAAAACUGAGAGUGCUUUUGAUAUUGGUUUUGAGAAGCUCCUUAAAGAAAUAUCUGAAGCUCUUUCUUCUCAGCCCCAGGUGUCAGUAAAGGAAGAAACUCCUGAGAAGGAGACUUUACAGCCAGAGCAGGCCAGGUUCUUGGGGAGAACCCAAGAGGCCCCUGGAAUGAAGCUUAAGAGUCAUGUUUUCAAAUCUCAAGUCAACCAAUGUGAUAAAGUGUUGGGAGGAGAAGCUAUGACAGAUUUAUCAGUGGAUCUCUGUGGUUCUGAAAGUAGAGUUGAGAUCCCUGAAAUCCCACAACUUCAUGUGGACCGUGAAAUAGGGACCACUGAAACUAUAAAACCCCCAGAGUACAGGAAUAGUGAAAGGGAGUUUGCAGGGGCUGGAGAAAGGGCUUUUCAGGAACCUGGCUUCAAAGUGGGACCUGCAGCAAUUACUGUGUCCAGAGGUAGGCAACCUAUUCCUCUCCUGACCACCAAGGAAAGCCCUACAAAAACGAGCAAUGUUGAAUUGAUUUUGGCAUCACCAUAUGAGAGACAAAAGAAAGAGGAAGAAAAAGAAGGUGUCUCUGACGCUGAUUUUUCAGAUGGCAACAUCGGUUCUAAUGCAGAAAGCUGGAGAAAUACCUCCAGUUCAGAAGAAGAACCCAGUCCUGUUUUGAAAACUUUGGAAAGGAGCGCUGCUAGGAAAAUGCCUUCCAAAAGUCUAGAAGACAUUUCAUCAGAUUCAUCAAAUCAAGCAAAAGUAGAUAAUCUGCCAGAAGAAUUAAUACGUAGUGCUGAAGAUGAUCAAAAAGCAGAUCAGGAACGAGAUACAAAUGAAUGCAUACCAGGAAUUUCCACAGUGCCUUCACAGCCUGAUAAUCAGUUUUCCCACCCCGACAAACUCAAAAGGAUGAGCAAGUCUGUUCCUGCAUUUCUCCAAGAUGAGAGUGAUGACAGAGAAACAGAUACAACAUCAGAAAGCAGUUACCAGCUCAGCAGACAUAAGAAGAGCCCAAGCUCUUUAACCAAUCUUAGCAGCUCCUCUGGCAUGACGUCCCUGUCUUCUGUCAGUGGCAGUGUGAUGAGCGUUUACAGUGGAGACUUUGGCAAUCUGGAAGUGAAAGGAAACAUUCAGUUCGCCGUUGACUACGUGGACUCACUGAAGGAGCUGCAUAUCUUUGUGGCCCAGUGUAAAGACUUAGCAGCAGCAGAUGCUAAAAAACAGCGUUCAGACCCAUAUGUAAAGACUUACCUGUUACCAGACAAGGGCAAAAUGGGCAAGAAGAAAACACUCGUAGUGAAGAAAACUUUGAAUCCUGUGUAUAACGAGAUAUUGCGGUAUAAAAUUGAAAAGGAAAUCUUAAAGACACAGAAGCUGAACCUGUCUGUAUGGCAUCGGGAUACAUUUAAACGCAAUAGUUUUCUGGGGGAAGUAGAACUUGAUUUGGAAACUUGGGACUGGGACAACAAACAGAAUAAACAAUUGAAGUGGUACCCUCUGAAGCGGAAGACAGCACCAGUGGCCCUUGAAGCAGAAAACAGAGGUGAAAUGAAGUUAGCUCUCCAGUAUGUCCCAGAGCCAAUUCCUGACAAAAAGCUUCCUACAACUGGAGAAGUACACAUCUGGGUGAAGGAAUGCCUUGAUCUACCAUUGCUAAGGGGCAGCCAUCUAAAUUCUUUUGUUAAAUGUACCAUCCUUCCAGAUACAAGUAGGAAAAGUCGUCAGAAGACAAGAGCUGUGGGGAAAACCAACAACCCUGUGUUCAACCACACCAUGGUGUACGAUGGGUUCAGGCCUGAAGAUCUAAUGGAAGCCUGUGUGGAGCUUACCGUCUGGGACCAUCACAAAUUAACCAACCAGUUUUUGGGAGGUCUUCGGAUUGGCUUUGGAACAGGUAAAAGCUAUGGCACCGAAGUGGAUUGGAUGGACUCGACUUCAGAGGAAGUUGCUCUCUGGGAAAAGAUGGUAAAAUCCCCCAACACUUGGAUUGAAGCAACCCUGCCUCUCAGAAUGCUGUUGAUAGCCAAGAUUUCCAAAUGAACCAAAGCCAUUGGCUCCUCCACUGACAACUAUUCCACAGGUGGCAUCUGAUCUCGACAAUCUGACUAUCUGGACAGAGAACCUCACCUUCCAUCUGUUGCCACUAACGAAAGCAUGUUAAAGUCAACCUGCAUGUACUUCUUUGGUUACAAGGCCCAAGAGAUUUAAAUAAUAACAAAAUGUGUAACGUAUUUGUGUCUCCAACAUUAAAGAAGAUAUUUGAGAAAGCUAGGAAAAUGCAGCUGUGGCUUCAAAGAAAAAAAAAGCUGCCAAAAAAAUAAUAAAUGUGGGUCGCUGUCAACAGGAAAAGGUUUCUAGAUUGCCAUCCUGUGCUUUACACCACAAUCUUUUGCUACAGUUAGGAGGGCCCGAUCAUUGAAAAUCCUUACAGGAACUGAAACUAGGUAGGUUGCAGAAAGAAAAGAGUGACAGAAAGAUACUCCUACGAGGGGAAAAAAACACAGAAUGUCAGUGAUGAUAAUAAAGAAUUUGACCAUAAGAAAAGUGUUUACUCCGUAAUCGCUACUAAAAUAUGGAAUUUCAUGUCAGGACAAUGAGACUGAAUUUACUGUGUGCAUUUCUGUCUUGAGAAACUGCUUUUCCUCUUCCCGGUGUUGAAACAGUCUCAAAUGUGCUUUGGUGCCACCCACUGGCCAAAGGUGGAAUUCAGUUUUUGGCUUAAUUUUCUCCCAAGGUAGGUCUCAAGCCUGUAUUUUGUAAUAGAGUAUGUAAAAAAAGCAAAACCCCCAAAACCUUGCAUAUAUAAGGUUCUGGUUUUUCUUAUAACUCUACUAUAUGAAAGCAGCACGAGAGUGGUAACAGCCAUGCUUUGCAACGAAGUUUUAAUUAGAAUAUAAAUUGUUAAAUUAUACUGUACUUCCUAUGUAUGUAUAAUUUUCAUAAAGUAUUUUGUAAGAUCCCUUAGAAUAAAUUAUUAUAUGAUUUGA